AUGUACUCAGGUAUUUACUCGAGCCCCUCCCCCUUCCCUUCGUCAACUGCCCUCCCCCAUCACACCCUCCCUCGUCGUACCAGCCCCUUCGCGACGCUUACACCCUCACACCACCAUCUCCUACCACCUACAGGCUAUCCUUCAUCGUCUCCGAGCUUCCUGACCUCGCCCUCGCCACCUUCUCCUCUCCCUCCCUCCUCACCAACUGCCCUCCCCCAUCACCCCACCCUCGCCAUACUCCCUUUCUCUCAACUCGUCCACCCUCGUACUACCCUCCCCCAUCACCUACACUCCUUUCCCCGUUGCUUCCGGGCCCCUUGCCUUCGUCUUUACCACCUUCUCCUCCCCUUCUCCUCCCUCCUCCCCCUCCCUCCC